ACAUUUGUCAGUUUUGUCCACAAAAUAUUGAGUGUUGGGUGUUCGUCGGGAAAUCGGUAGGAAAUGUAUAAUGAAUUGACAAAUUCGCGAUAAAAAAUGCUCUUGUGAACUAUAAACAAAAUGGAAUAUUUAAUUUGAUGUGAAAAGAAUUGCAACAUAAUUUAUUAUGGGAUCCAGACUAAGAACCGAUGUGACUCAUUUUUUCGAAUGCUUCUGUGAAGUUGUUCCUCCUCAAGGCGAAAAUGAUGCGUGGAUUAUCCAACAAUUUCCUGAUAAGUACAAAGAUGAGGAAGUACUUAAAUCUGUACCUAAAUUUGCAUAUCCUUAUAAAAUAGAAAAUACUGUUAUACAGCAUUAUUCGUUUGUGCUCACCAACAAUGAGUCGAAGUGGACAUUUGGAUUUUGCAGACAUGAUCCAAACUCACAAACUGCUAUAGUUGUAUUAAGCUAUCUACCAUGGCAUCAUGCUUUUUAUAAAUUUUUAGAUACUACAGCAUCACUUAUGCAUAGCACAAGAGCGGAAGACUUAAGAGAAUUCUUGACUUCAGUGUAUGAUGCCAAACUAGCCGAUCCAGGAAAACAAUUUUCUGUUUCAUUCAAUAAAGAGCAGAGUAUUUUCUCAGUGGAUGUUCCAAAGCCAUUUCAGUUGCCCAGUAUUCCUGAAAAUAGUAAUCUCACAGAGUACUAUAAUGCCGUCGAUUCUACCAACAUGAUGCAGAUAUUCGCUUCCAUGUUGUUCGAGAGGAGGAUAAUCAUCCGUUCCAAGAGACUGAAGAGACUGAGUGCUUGCGUUCAGUCCGCAAAUGACCUCAUUUAUCCGAUGCACUGGCAGCACAUUUUCAUUCCAGUACUCCCGCUUUCAUUGGUAGAGUACCUCUCUGCGCCCAUGCCUUUUCUAGUUGGAGUUCCAGAGGAGGUUAUGAAGAAAGUGAAUCGUUCUGAAAUUGGCGAUGUUGUGAUAUUAGAUGCUGAUACCAAUAGUAUUGAAACUCCAUUUGACGACCUGAAUAGUAUUCCCCAAGAAGUGGUGAACCCUCUGAAACGCCAACUGAAGAACAAAUCCUCCUUAUUGGGCGAUGCGGUAUCACGUGCUUUUCUGAGGGCUCUAGUUCAUUUGAUCGGUGGGUACAGAGACGCCCUCCGGAUGCAACCUGGAAAAAGUGUUUCUUUCGAUGAGGAAGUUUUUGUAGGUACUAGACCAGCUUCAAUGAAGCCAUUUAUUAAGGAAAUGCUCAAUCUACAGAUAUUUAGGCAGUUUAUAGAGGAGAGACUGACAAUGUUGAACAAUGGCCUGGGUUUUUCUGAUGAAUUCGAAGUGGAAACCUUCAAGUUUUCUGAGAAGUCCAAUUCGAAACUGAAACAACAAUACAAAGAGUGGACGACGGCAAUGAAGUCUGAGGGAAAAGAGUUUUUCAAAAGUGUUAAAGAUAAGGCAAAUCCGGCUGUCAAAUCGGCAGUAAAAACUGUCAAAGGAGGCGGGAAAGGCGUCAAAAACGCUUACAAAGGACUCCGCUUCCUCCUGAAAGAAGGCGAGGGUGCCCCACAUCAGCUACAAAAUGGGUCUCACGACUCAGGGCCAAAAAGUAAUAAGCCGAGAUCAGCGCCUAGUUCCCCAACUACUAGUAAGAGAAGAAUCGCUGGUUUGAGUGUGCCUACUGCUACAUAUAGGAAAGACACGUCCCUACCUUUCAGAAAUUCUCCUUUCGAGAGGUCUUACAGUCCAUUGAGCCCAAGUUCACAGCCCCAUUCACCUGGCGAUAGCAACUCGAGAAGUGACAGUCCAGACAUACCAAGAAUAGAUCUAAUGAAUGAAGUUCAAGAUUUGCUUAAGCUGAGGCUGGAAAAUCCACCAGUGGACCGAUCGCUUAAACCUGUCCGUAGUCUCGAGAACUUCAAGCACGAAUUUCCCAACAGCUCAUUUCCCACAAGUCCCGAACACCAGAGUGGUGCUGCAUUAUCAUCUUCACGCAUAGCACCGCCCCUCUUUCUUCCCCGCCUAGCAUCCCAGGAUUCCGAGAAUCUGCUCCUGCAGUCUCCCGACGACGUCUUCUCCUCGCCUCCCGCGCCCCCUCCCCGUGUUACCCCACCACUUCCCACCCAAGACCUCUUCGGCACCUCAGCUUUUGUGGUCGGUGGAGGGAGAAACGAAAAUGGCGAUCCAUUAUUUUACGUUGCUCAUCAAGAUUCUGUUGAUAUCGUUAAGUUGUCACCGCCAGUUGUUUGUGUUUCCAGGCGUAAGCAGCAAAACGAAGAAACUGAAGACCUUAUUCGAUUGGAUUCUACAUCUGAUGAUAUGGAUGACUUUGAUCCAUUGAGAUCCCCCCAACAAACUGCAAAUUCUUCGUUUUUGCAUCGAAAUACAUGCAAUGUUCCAUUGAGCAUAUCCAACCCAUUAUAUGCUUACGAAAAUCAUAGUGUUUUGAGAAAGAACGGUAAUGUUCCAAAUGUAACAACCUCAAGUAGAGAUCACGAUCUACUUCAAGAGUAUGGUAUAGACUUCAAUAGUUUUUCUAGUAUCCAGAAUAAAAUAUCAGAAUUUGAAACAGAGGCUGGAUCUAGUAAAGUUAAUUCGAAGAGUGGAUGGACGACCUUCGAUUAAGGUUGAAAAAAUUCAUUUGUGAGUAAAUCGAAUCGAUCUUGUUAUUUAGAGAACUUUUCUGAAAACGAUUUUCUAUGAAAGUGAUGCAAUAGAAUGUUUAUUACUACAUAUUUUUCGAUUCAUGGCAUAAUUUCCAUAAUAUAAUGUCAUUAGAGCCCUAUCAAUUAUUUUAUUAGGUAAUAUUGGAGAUUUUAGUGCCUUCAACAAUUGAUCUCUUACUGAUUCUUCAAUAAGAUAUUUAUCUCAAAUUUUUAUUGCUUCAUAAGAUGGAAAUGAAACGAAAAUAAAAAUUGCACAAAAGACGAAUCAUGAAAUAUUUACAUUACAGUACAACUUCUUACAUGAAAUCGAGAUAAUCAAGAAAAUCAUCGAAAACUCCACAGCUUGAAUUUGAAAAUUCCAAAAUACUUAUCCUUCUGAUAUUAAUAUAAUAAAAAUUGGUCAAAUAAUUCAUUGAAUCUGAAGUAAUUCAAUAGAAUACUUGCUAAAACGAAAAAUUUAUAUCAAUAAAGAAUUAAUGAAGAUACAUAUGUACAGAGUGCUACUGCAAUAUGAGUACCUACCAAAAAAAACACUUUAUCGAGGUAUGGAAUAAAAAUGUAUUAAAGAUCACAAUUCUCUUGGUAAUUUUACAAUUUAUGUAGAGAAAUAUUAAAGAUAUUUUAGCUCUUUAAUUUUAUGUUAUAAUAUUAUUCAGCCCUUUCUCUUUAUAUUUCUAUGUAUGUAUUGCAACAUCGCUCUGUAUAUAACAACCAAUAAUAUGAAAACAUGCUGGUGCAGAUCAAGAUUCAAAGCCACAUUUGAACGACCUAUUGAUUCCAUUAAUCUUCAAAGUCAUGCUUAUUUGAUAUAAGUAAUAAUGAUGUAAUGUUAUUAAAAUAAAAUAUGUAAUAUAAUGAAUCCAUAAAAUUUCUAAAGAUUUAUUAGAAAUUGCUGUCAUUAAAAGUGAGCGAAACUUAAUUCAUAUGAAAUAAGAACAAGUUAAUAUUCUUUUACUUUCAUUGUAAUAAUUCAUAUCCAUUUUCAAAAGUAAUGUAAGGAUUAAAAAUAUCAUGAAUUAGAUAUUUGCUUCCAAUGCCAAGCAAUAUACUAGUGAAAUUAUUUAUUAUUUACAAAUUAGAGUUAUAUGCUUGUACAGGUUUUGUUGAGUUUUUUAUUCUUGGAUUUUAUCGACAAUUUUUUGCCCUUUUUAAUAUAUAAUAAUCAUAACUAUUAUCACAUUAAAUUUUAUAUCUUUCUUUUUAAUUUGUGUAUCUACAAAAUUGGAAAAUAAUUUUAUCUUAUAUAUUGUUCUCACAUAUUCAUAUUUUUGGUACAUGUACACGAAUAUGCUAACGGAGAAAUUCUAUUUAGCUCUUAGUAUCAUUUAAAGUAAUAAUUUUUCGACAAAUUGUUUUAUAUAUAAGAAAAGAAUUCUAAAAGGAGAAAAUAUAUUAACCAUUUAACUGAUAAACAUUUUCAAAUGAAAACAGUCAUUAUGUGCAUAAAUCGAUCUUUUAAUCAAGUUUGAAAAUUUUAUUUUAUUAUAGAAUUACUUAGCUGUGAUAUUAUAAUAAAACUCCCUAUUGAAAUAUAUGAAAAUAAUUGAAUUUUGUUGAUUUGUACAAAUAUGUUAAUAAAUAAUUGAAAAUUUC